UACCGGAAAUCAACACGAGUGAGGACAAUGUGCUGGAGAGCUGUCAGAUCAGGCUGACAGAGACACGCAGCUGCAGUGUGGAAGCCUCACGGUUCACCCUCUUCAGUCCGUGCUGUAUCCGGGUCAGCAGAUCGGGAUCACUGGAACGGGAUCCGUGUGUGCUCAACAAGCAGAUCGUUCACAUGGUGAAGCCGGAGAGUCCGAUACGGUUACGAGUGAGUGUCCUGACCACAGCGGCGGAGAUCGAGUUGACGUGGGAGAGUGCCCCCAUCAGGUUCACCGAGCUCAGGGACACACUGCUCCACCAGGUCUCCUACUGCAGCUCGGAACCACCCUGGGAGCAGAAUAUGAAUGUCACUGCCUGUUCUCUGAGACUGCUGAUGAAGAAUCUGAUUCCCAGUUCCGAGUAUCUGGUCCGGGUUCGAUCGAUUCCUGAUCAGAAAUACUUCAAGGGAAUAUGGAGCGAAUGGAGUGAGACCGUGAACUUCCAAACCCCACAACGUGCUUACCGACUGAGCGCAGGUAUCAAGCUAACCAUGUCCUUACUGACCCUGCUUCUCAUCAUCGUAAUCGGUCUCAGUGUACUCUGCUGGGAAAACAGGAUCAAGCCACACAUCUGGCCCAAAAUUCCAAACCCAAAAUCCACGCUGGACAAGCUCUACAUGAAACCAAACAAGAUGGUAGCGGUGAGCUUUAAUCCGUCCAGCUUUCUGGAUGUGAUGGAGAGUCGAGUGGACACGAUUCAGGUGAGAGGAACCUGGAUGACUCGCUGUGCCCCAUCCUCAGGGAGUGAGGCUGCUGACAGGAACACCGCACCAGAGAGGGAGUUGCUGAUGACAGACAGAGCACCAGGAGGCAUCGGGGACACCAGCUGGCAAGGAGGGAAGUGUGCGGGCCAGGACCGGGCGGACAGUCCACAGGAUGUGAGGCUGGCCAAGAGAGACCCCAAGGGUGAGGGGCUGCCUGAGUCUCACCACGACCUUGUCCCAGGGCCAGAGGGUCAGAGCACAGUGAGGAAAACCACCCCUGGGCACAGCCACAACCAUGGCACAGCGUGUGGGGGGCAGAGGCUCGGUGAUCAGGGCACUGGGCAAUCUUGCAUUGAUCAAGUGGAUCAAGGGACAGCUCUGGGAUCUACAUUAGCUGAGGGAUGCCCUCUUACCACAUCUGACCAAUCAUACAUCACCAUGUCCAACCUGUACAAGAUCCAGUGAGAAUGUAACCCCUCUCCCGUCACCAUCACCCACCAGAUCCACACACCUCCCAGACCCACUCCCCACCCCCGAGACCCACACACCCCAACCCCCCACCCGGCCAGACCCACUCCCCACCCCCGAGACCCACACACCCCACCCCCCACCCGGCCAGACCCACUCCCCACCCCCGAGACCCACACACCCCAACCCCCACCCACCCUGACCCACUCCCCACCCCCGAGAGACCCACACACCCCAACCCCCCACCCACCAAGACCCACUCCCCACCCCCCCGAGAUCGACACACCCCAAACCCCCAC